AUGGUCACCAUACCGAAGUUGCCUUCUUGUGGCACUGCUGGUUCUGUGGCGGCGGUGGACUAUUUGCUUGGGGAAUUGGUAAGUUGCAUUGGCACACUGAAAUGUAAAACUACCGCUCACACUCAUAUAGGACCGGACCCAGGUGUUUAUCCUCCUCCUCCCAAUCCCCCAGUUACGAACUGGCCAACGAUCACUAUUGGUAACGACAAGCUCCCCACUCCUGAGCCUGAAUCCACAGCCUCUCAGCCCUCGUCAACUGAGACAUCAAAGACCACGACCUCUGAGUGUACUACCAAAACAGUGACCAACAGCUGGGUAUCAUGCACACCGGUUCCAACAACUACGAGCUCCGGAACGCCGUUGUACAGCAACAGUUGUACCACAAGUACAUCGGUGGAAACAGGCUGCAGUGCUACACCUUCGUCGUCAUCGACCUCAGCAACUACAACGCCUUCGGCUUGUACUAUCGCUAUGAAGGCUACUCCAUUCGCCACACUGACAGAUCCGAUUCCUGAUACGUCUGACACAACCUCUACCCCAGGAGGCACGUCAACAGCAAGCAGUAGCUCGGCAUCAAGUAGCCAUGUAUCUACUACGUCGGCGAGUGGCUCCUCGAGCUCAUCACCAAGCGCCACACCCUCAAGCACCCAAAGCAUCAGCUCAACGAGUGGAUCUUCAUCAAGCUCAAGCCAGGCAACCACUAGCUCCUCAAGCUCAGGUAGCUCGUCUUCUAUCUCUACCAGCACAUCCUCGUCCACCAGCAGCUCCGCCUCCCCAACAACCAAAAAGACCUGCACUGGUGGCAAUGGAGAGACAUACCCAGUAUCCCUUCUGAACACCGAAGGGUCUCAAUCAGGAAACCUAGACAAGUUCUGCAUCGCCGCCGCCAGUCACACAGACUGGCCCUACAAGCAGACCUUCGAUGGUGAAUAUGCUGGCGACCCGAAGGCUGUGAUGGAAAUCUCAACCCAAGAAGGUUGCACCCCUCCAUACGACGGACAAAUUUCAGCCGACUACUGCAAAGAGUACAUCAACCUACUCGCUAAUGACUGCGACACCGACAGUGGCAACAAGCACGGCGGAACAGUGUCAACAGACAAAUGCUACACCUUCAGUCUAAGUGUCACGUCUGAGUCGAAGCUCAGCUGCAAAGGCGGCAAUGGGUGGACCUGGCCUGUUGAUCUUCUGAACGGAGAUAGCAGUGACAGUGGUGUCAUUGAUAAUUUCUGCACUAAUGUGGAAGCCAACACCUGGGAUGGAUUCCAUGAGGAUUAUACUGGUGAAGGAGAGAGUGACAACGAGUGUACGAUCACUCUCAAUCUGAAUGAUUGUGAUGGUAAAAUGAAGCUAUCGCAUGACGAGUGCGUGCAUUAUGUUGGGCAGAUUGCCAACAACUGCGACACUGACAGUGGAGAUAAGCAUGGUGGUAUUUUCGAUGUUGGAAACUGCCUGUCCUUUAAUAUGACGAUGUACGAUCCUUCCGUUGUGUUUGGAAGUGGUUAA